UCCAGCAGCAAAGCCAUGCUUCAGCAUCUUCGAGAGAAACCCGUAACGACUACAUCACAUCUGUUGUAAAAUACUGUUCCCUGUCAAAGAUGGGCGAGAUCAGUGAAGCGUCCUUGCUGGAUUAUAUCUGUUCUUCUGGAGGAAAAGUCAAAAAUUCAGAUCUGUCCAAAACAUAUAAGCAUUUUAUAAACCAUAGCGAUUUGCAACUACGUGCUAAAUACAGAGAAGAUUUCAAACUCAUCAUUGAUAGAAUUGCAGUGGUGAAAUCUGAGAAUGGAGAGAAAUAUCUUGUCCUCAAGAAGAAGUAUAGACAGCAAAUGCAAGAGAGAGAGUCUGGUGCUGGAAAGGGAGGAAAAUCACUCAAGCAGUUUCAUCCAAACCCGCAAAAUGAUCUCCAGGUCUCCAGUCCAGUGCAGAACUGUAACCCAACAGCUCAGAACCUGGCACUGGUGGCCUGGUGCUCAGGACCCAUGAUUACAGUCACAGAGGCAACAGAACCAACCCAUACAGAUAAUCAGGCAGACAGCACCCUCUCACAGCCAGCAGUAGAGGAGAAACCAGAGGAGCUUUCAGCCUCAGACAGAGAAGAUGACCUCGACAAGGAUUCAGGGUCAAAGAGUGAAUCCGAGCAGGAUGAGGAGUGUGGAGGAAGUUUGGGAUCCACCGCUGUGGCUCUGGAUCCUCUUGAGAAAGAGUGGAUCUUCUCGGCAGCAAGUGGCAAACUGUCUCACCUCGCUCAGCUCCUGAAACAAGACUCUUCCCUGGCCAAUAAAAAAGACUUCACCUCUUUUACAGCGCUGCACUGGGCUGCAAAACACGGUAAAGAAGACAUGACCACAGUGUUGGCAGAAGCAGGGGCUGACAUCAAUACAAAAGCACAUGGGGGAUACACACCUUUACACAUUGCAGCACUGCACGGGCAUCGACAUAUAUUUGACCUGCUGGUCAGGACAUAUGGAGCAAAGGAGAAUUUGCGGGACUACAGCGGCCACAUAGCAUAUCAUUACCUCAAUUUACGGGAGACAAAAUUAGAAGACCAUGAGCUAUGUGACAUGAUGGUGUUUAGUCCAUUCAGACAUGUGGCACAUGUGGAAAGAGCAGCACUGAAGAUGUUUUCCACAUUAGCGCAAGCAUGUGGUUUCUCUGAAUCUACGGGGUGCCUCGUGGAUCAAUUUUGGACUGUGUGUCUUCACCUUAUUUGUCCUUCCAGCGUGUUAUUUCAUGCACAGUGUGGUCUUCUUCUUAACACUGCUUUGAUGUUUGUUCUCCAAGCUGAAGUCAGCGAGUGCCACAGCCUGACCCAGGCCGGCGAGCGCAGGAACAGGAAGAUCACCUCAUUAUUUCACUCCAUGAAGAAGUGGGGUUCAGCAGAGGAGCUGGCGCCCGUGCCGGAGGAGAGGACUGUUGCUCAUCAGCUCAUGCUGCCUGCGUUUAGGCCCAGAAAGUUCUCACGGUAGACUGCGUGAAGUCCAAACAUCUUCAGUACCGCUUUAGUGCCACGUGAAUAGUUUACAGAUGAAAACGCACUUUGCUGCUUUUUUCGCACAAAUAGUGUGAUUUAGUUGUAUUCACAUUUAAGUAGCUUUUUAGCUUAAUAAUUAGCAUUUGUAGUGUUAUGCCACAGCAGUGUGUGAUAUUCGGUAAGUGUGAUGUCUUAUUUUCUCUGCUAAAGGUUUACAAUUUUCAUUAAGCAAUGAAAAGGUGCAUUUUUAAAAUACCUGUACAUCAUAUGAUCCCAAGGUUUUACAAGAACUCCGUUUCACAAAAUAUGUCAAUGCUAAAGUUCUAUCUUGAAUAGAGACCAACUUCAGCUUUAAUUUGCUUUGAACUUAUCUUCACCUUAUAUAACUUAAAAGUCAGAACCACUGUUUAUGUUUUUGUGAGAAUGUUUUUCAUCCUUAAAGACAACAAAAUAAA